AUGUUAACUGAUUAUCAGAAACAGCAUCUUCUUGAAGGACUAGACAAAGUCGCUGAGUAUCAUAUCUCAGCAAUGUUCGCCAUUCCAGUUGAUCCUGAGAGAGAUGGAUGCCCGAAUUAUCUCGAAAUUAUUAAAACUCCAAUGGAUCUUGGCACAGUCCGCAAAAAAUUGCUCAAUAACGAGUAUAAUACAGUCCAAGACUGUAAAAAUGACGUUGCCCUUAUAUGGGAAAACACUAUCAAAUUUAACGGUCAAAACACAAUCAUUUUUUUUUUAGCGAAACAGCUCGAAAAAGUUUUCAAAGAAAAUACCGAUUGGCUUUCCGGCGAUGAUUAUACAGAUUGGCAUAAAAAAUGCACAGAAAUUAAAGCAAGAAACGCAGCAACUAAAGUUAACUUCGAAAAGAAAGCAGUUGCAGCUAAACCAUCACGCCAGCACUCAACACCUGCCGAAGCGCCAGCUCCUGCUCCUGCUGCUCCACCUGCACAUCCUCCAAAACCAAGAGGAAGACCGGCAAAGAGAAAAGUUGAGCCUGAACAGCCUCCUGUUGUUGCCGAAGUUGUUACUGUUAUAGAAGAAGUUAAGGAGGAACCAGCCCCACCUCCACCACCGCCUCCUCCAGCUCAAGAAUCAAAUGUUGAUACAUUGAAUCAGGAUGAGAAAGACAAACUAGCUUCGGACAUUAAAGAAAUUACAAAUAGAGAAGAUGCUGAUGGUAUUCAGCGCCUCAUUGACUAUAUAAGUAUUCAAGAACCUGAAUUAGUUCAAGAUGGCGUUGUUGAUACCGAUUUGAACUCUAUGAAGCCAGAAACACAUCUUGGACUCAGAAAACUUGUUGAUGAGAUCCUCAAAUCAUAUGCAGCCUCUGUUUGA